AUGCUGGAAGCACGGAUCAAGCGGCAAGCAGCGAGAACGCCAGAAUACCAAGCCCAAGUCGCCAAGGCGGAAGGUAAUCUUCAGUUGAUCAACAUGAUUCUGAUGAGCUUCUCGGCUGAGCAAAACGCCUGUGUUGAUCAGCGGGUGAGCCUCAACCAGCAUCAGCACAGGACGCAAGAGGCUCUACGAACGGUGAUCUACGACAUGACAUAG